AAUCGUCACCAAAUAGACACCUCAUCUCUAGUGUUCCCUUUAAAAACGCUAGAAACCAUCCGAUUGAGAGAAAUUAAAGGCUUCAAAGUUAUAGGAGAAAGCAUCCAUAGGAAUCCAUUUUCUAAUCCCCUGAAUCAUAAUCAUCAUCAUCUUCUUUGAAAUCUCAAUAGAGGAAAAUGAAAAAUUCUAAAAUCAGAUAGAUACCCAUUUCAAGACUCUUUGUUUAUAGUUUUUGUCACUUUUUUCUCCAUUUUCUUUUCUUUUGUUUUUGUUUUUUUCUUUUUUGGGAAGUUUUUUCUGCAAAAAACUUGUGAGAUGUCAUCCGGGUUCUGAGAAAUCUUGGGCCUCUGUUACAUGUAAACUUUGUUUCUGAAUUUUUGUCACUCGAUCUGUCAAUGAUCAUAAUGUACAGAUUCAAGAACUUACAAGUUUUGAUUUUGACAGUUAUUGUAUAACUCCAGUUGAAUUUUAUUGUGUAUUUAUUGAAUUUUACUUGUUUAAUAUCCUUGUACAUGUGGGAUGUUAAAUACUUAAUUUUUAUGGUCAAUUGAUAUUAAAAAAAAAAAAAAAUCAAUUGUUCAUGUUAUCUUUGUUCUGGGUUGUUUCUGAUUUUUACUCUUCGAUGGUUCAUGCCUCAAUUUCAUAUUAACUUUGGUGAUGUUUUUGCUUGAUCAUGUACGGAAGUGGAAUUUUGCCUCUUGAGUGCUAAAAUUCCUUUUCCUUUUGGGAUUCUUUGUGUAUGGCGCAUCAUAUUGCUUAGUUAUGUUUUCGAGUUCCCGGGUGCUAGAGAUUGCUUGAAUUAUGGUUUGAUGCGAUAGUGAAUUUCAUUUUCCAUUUAUAUCUGUCUUUCGUUACACUGGUUGAUUCCGGACUGCUAUUUUAUUGAUUUGGUGCCUUUUUCCAUUAACAUCUCGACCAUUUUCGCUUGGAGAUUGAUUGAUUUUGACGCUUCCAACUUAAUGUGCUAUGAAUUUGUUUAACUUGAUAUGGUUCGAUUAGAUGGAAAAAAUUGUUUUCAUUUCAUCUUUUGUCUUUAUAUGAUAUCGUCUGAUCCUCACUUCUAUUUUAGUUCAACCGGUUAGCUGUUGUGGCGAUUUGAUUUUGCAAACUAUUGCAUAAUUUCAUUCAGUUUGUUGUUUUUAAUAUGUGUUUGAUAUUUUUUAUCUGGUGUUUGCUUGCAGGUUUAAUUCCUGAAAGUUUUUUAAUCAAAUAGUUGUUAAAGAGAUUAAAAUCUUCGCCUGUGCCAAGUUAGGGCACUGCAGAGUUAAGCAGUGUCCAUGGAUGCCACUCCUAGUGGAAAGUCUAGUGUUCAAUACCAGAAAAUUCCCGAGCAAACAAUUACUACUAUUGUUACCUCUCCCAUAGAAACAUUUCAGAGGCAGCAACGGCAUUGCUCCGGAAAUGCUAGCCCUGGGGAAUUCCCAUUAUCAGCUAAUCCUUCUAUUGUUCUUCAUGUCCUUACUGCAUGUAAUUUGGAUCCGCAGGAUCUUGCAAAACUUGAGGUUACAUGCUUGUUCUUUAGGCGGCCUGCACACUUUGCCCCCGAAUGCGAGCUCUCAUUAUCGGAACUGGCGGCCCUUGAUAUGUGCCGAAUGAGAGCCAUAUUUAAGCCAAUGACUGAUAAACAAAGGCAAGAACUGAAGCAAAUGUGCGGAGGCUCGUGGAAACUUGUCUUAAGAUUCCUGCUGGCUGGAGAAGCAUGUACCCGGAGGGAAAAGUCGCAGGCAAUAGCCGGUCCAGGUCACAGUAUUGCUGUGACUUCUAAAGGGGCUGUAUACUCAUUCGGCUCUAACAACACAGGACAACUUGGACAUGGAACCACAGAUGAGGAGUCCAGGCCUCGCUUAAUUAGAUCACUGCAAGGCAUUCGUAUUAUUCAAGCAUCAGCAGGGGCCGGCCAAACAAUGCUGAUAAGUGAUACAGGAAAGGUCUAUGCCUUUGGGAAAAAUUCCUUUGGGGACGCAGAAUUUGGGCCUCUAGGAAAUAAAUUUGUAACUAUUCCUCAGCUAGUUGAAUCUUUAAAAGACAUUUUCGUCGUGCAAGCUGCUAUUGGAAAUUUCUUCACAGCUGUAUUAUCGAGAGAAGGGAGGGUUUACACAUUCUCUUGGGGAAUUGAAAGCAAACUUGGCCACCAAACUGAAGCGAAUGAUCUUCAGCCUCGUCCACUGUUGGGGCCACUUGAAAAUAUAAGAGUUGUUCAAAUUGCUGCUGGAUAUUGCUACCUUCUUGCUUUGGCUUGUCAACCUAGCGGCAUGUCAGUAUACUCUGUUGGUUGUGGAUUGGGCGGAAAGCUUGGACACGGCACAAGAAAUGAUGAGAAGCAACCAAGAUUAAUUGAGCAGUUCCAGUCUCUGAAUCUUCAACCUGUUGUGGUUGCAGCUGGUGCUUGGCAUGCUGCAGUCGUGGGAAAGGAUGGACGGGUUUGCACAUGGGGCUGGGGGCGUUAUGGAUGCUUGGGCCAUGGGAACGAAGAAUCGGAAUCCGUUCCAAAGACGGUUGAAGCGCUGAGCAAUGUCAAAGCUGUUCAUGUUGCUACGGGGGACUAUACAACUUUCGUGGUGUCAGACAAUGGCGAUGUGUAUUCUUUUGGUUGUGGGGAAUCUUCCAGUCUUGGACAUAACACUGUGGCUGAAGAUGAACAGGAAAAUAGGCAAGUAAAUGUCUUGAGCCCCAAGCUAGUAACGUCACUAAAGCAAGUGAAUGAAAGGGUUGUUCAAAUAAGCCUCACGAAUUCCAUUUAUUGGAAUGCGCACACUUUUGCGCUCACAGAAUCCGGUAAGCUAUAUGCAUUUGGUGCAGGCGACAAAGGACAGUUAGGCGUCGAGCUUGUGGCAAAUCAAACCGAAAGGCCAAACCCUGAAAAGGUCGAGAUUGAUCUCAGUUAACUUUGUCUCUGGAUAAAACUCCUGCUCUUUUCUGCACAAUUUGCUCCUCUUAAUCCAUGGUUUUAUGACUGAUCAUACAUUUGCAUUUUCUGUUGAUAUUUCUGUGUUUAUUCUGUAAAUAGUAACAAAUGAUUGUGAAGAAGGUAGGAUAGGAUGCACAAUUAACCUAUCAGAAAUUUGUUGGUUUCUUCGCCUCAAUCCGUUUAUGGCCUUUACAUUUAUCAA